AUGCUUUUCGACAAGGACAGACGAGCAAAAGGUACCUCGGCGGUCCUGAUUCAGUGCUUACCUGGUGGUGGAAAAACUCACCUCGCCAGAGAAUAUGUGUACAACCACCAAAAGGACUACCCUGGCGGGAUUUUCUGGACACGAGCCAAGAGCUUUGAGGAACUGGCUGCCGCGUAUUGGGAUAUCGCAAAGAAAACCGUUUUCAAGGAUAAUGUUGACAAGAAAGCUUUCUCUCCUGAUGACUCGGAACAGUUUAUCAAGUUGGUCAAAAAGUGGCUGAACAAUCGCCAGGAAUGGCUGCUGGUCUUUGAUGGGAUUCAUUUCGACGACACAGAACGCCUGAUGAAAUUUCUUCCUGAUCAAAGAAACACUAGCAUCAUAUACACAUCAACAGAAAAGGCAGUCAGUGGAGACUAUCAUUUCAACGACCCCCAGGUUAUCAGGCUUCCUACUCUUUCCGCUAGAGAAGCACGGGAGCUCUUGCUUCUUGAACUUGGUAAGAAAGAGCCCAGCCAAAAAGACCUAGAAUAUUCGAUGGACCUGGUACGAGCUAUGGAGUUCCUUCCAAUAGUCAUCCACACUGCGGCUCAGAGGCUGAAAAUGACAGACGAGCCGUUGUCGCGAUAUGCUAAGUCUUACGCAUCGGAACCGCGACUGCGUGGCUUGGGUACCUACAAAGUCGUUGUUGAGCAACUUGAACAUAUGGGGGCUCGGGAGUCUCUAAAUCUCAUGCAAAUUCUUGUAUUUUUCAGUCAGCAUAUUCCUGUUGAGAUGGUCUCCCUUGGUGAGCUCAUCUAUCAGUCUUGCCAUUUAUGCUAUUACUAAUCUGUAUUUCUAGGUCUUCGAAUCCUUGACAUCCCAGUCAAAGCAUUUGAACCGGUCACGGGUCGCUCUCUGAACAACACUUUUCGAUUUCUGAAUAUAUUUGCUCUUGUAGAUCGUAAUGAGACACGAGCUCAUUCAGUCCACUCAGUUCAUUCAUCUCAGAGCUCUAAAGGAAGUCGAGACAUGCUUGCAGAAAACCUUGACGUUAUACGACUUCACGGUGUCGUUCAGGGUUUCUUUAUUGAUACUAUGAAUGGGGACGAAUCCUUGCCGCAUUGGCUUUCUCGAGCUGUAGGUGUAUUUUGUUGUUCAUACGAUAGUGCAAGCUCCCGAAUUGCUAGUAAAUCACACACCGGGCUUGUUGAAGAUUACAGGCUGUACGAAAUACACGGUAAUCGCUUGAAGCAACAUGUUGUUAGAUUCAAAAAGAGAUAUCCCGUGUUAGAUGAAGCACAUCAGUAUCUGGACCAGUCUCUCGAGAAAAUCAAGACCGAAAUCGAGCAGAAAACACCCGAAUCAUCACAAAACAUCGCCGGGGGCCAAUCUGAUGCCUUCCAAACCUCCAUCUUCGAUCGAACAAGCAGCUCUUCUGACACAGGACCAGAAACACCGGGACGUGAUGAUGAUGAACGUAAUCUUAGGCUGGGACCUCAAGCACAUUGGCUGGAUCAAGGUCACCUCGAGUCGCCUUCAAGCUUGACACACGAUAUGGAGUAUCAGCGACAUCAUCAAAUCUAUGAUGCGAGGCCGUAUGAAAUGCCUGAUGGGCCAACAAACUCACACAAUAACCAGCACUCACUGCAUCAAUCCGAAGAAGGUUAUGAAAGCGACAUGGAAGGGUCAGUUGCAAUGACCUUACAGCCAUCUCAGCGGACCAUACAACAACAGUCAGAGUCACCUACAAGUCCUGCAAGUGCUGAGUGGACCAAGGUGGAGCGCCGUGCAAAAAAACCAGAGAGAUUGGAUCUUCAUCAGCAUCGGACAAUCAAAAGGAUGGAAAAUCAAAGAUAUCGUGACCGAGCAGGUUCAUUCCGAGCAGUAAGCGCCCUCGAUCCUCGAACUAGUCACGAGACAGCUCAUGGGCAUUUCCAGAGCAGCUCGUCGCGAGCAGAGUCUCGUGGGAGACUCUCCGGACAUUCAAGUGCUGAAGUAGCACUGACUCACAUUGCCCAGGCAAGCCCAGCACCUGCUCGAGGUAGAGGCAAGAUUCGAGACCGACCGUCAUCACAGAGACCAGAACAUCGUCGGGUGAGGAGUGGUAUCGCAUCAUACGCUUCUGCUGUGACUUCACCGACAAAUGAUACCAUCUCAGGAUUGCCAAUUCCUCGCCCAAAAACAAGAGAUACCUCAACAGAGAGUGUUUGCGGUUCUGCAGUAACCUCCCUACAAAGGUUCCCUUUGGGGGUAUCCGAAACAUCCUCGUCGCGCUCACAGUACACACCAAUGCCACCUUAUCCACUGUCGCCAGGCGUGGAGCGUCAUGAUCCUCUUGCCAACCCUGACUCUAAUUUGUACAACCUCAGAGACAAUUUCGAUAUACCCAUGCGAGAUGCCUAUCCACGUCAGAAUGAGAACAUGUUCCAUACUAGUGACAAUCGGCAAGAUACUCACAUACCUAAUUACCCUACUAAAGUUUAUCCACGCAUGACUGCACCACUCCCCCUAGAGACUCGCGCUCGUUCAUCCUCAGGACCUUUAAAACGUGAUCUGCCUCACGAAUACUCGUACUGGCAUUCACAAGGUUAUCCAGCGAAUGAAGAGCAGGUUCCGUCAUCAAUGUCUCUCUCGUCGCCCAACAUUAAAUCUACCGAUUCUCCUUAUUAUCCUGGCAGACCCGAGUUCUCAUUCUCAAGCACACCAGCACGCUUUGAUGGGGGUUAUACUUCACAACCCAUGUCUCGCGACCAAUCGGGGCAGUCUGCACAGUCAAAUCGUUCAAGAAACGGCGUAAAUAUAGGAGUCGGUCAUCGUCGAAGACCGAGUGUCGCGGAAACGGAACCCAUACCAUCUCUUCCAACUUUCAGUCCUACCAUUCCACCAACUAGCUAUCGGGUUUAUCAACAGAAUACGGAUCCAGAACUAAUCCACAUGAGAAAGGAACGGGAAAGAACCCCUGGAUACCCGGUAACGAAGAGCCCUAGACUUGGGUAUGCAAGUCAUGCGUCAAGAGAGAGCCAGGAAAGCCUAGACAGGUGGAAUGGAAGUUCCGAGAAGUAAGUCCAGAACACUUCUCUAUCCACCAGUAGAGGAUUCCCAACGACACCUUAACUCCGUCCUUACGACUACUAACACAGCAUCAGUCUCCCUCCACCACGACGAACUUUCAACCCAAGAACCCCAGCUUUCACGCCCUCAAUCGCACAACCAACACCACGACCGCCAUCCAUUUUCUCAACGAGAGCCCACUCAACAACAGCCGUCCCGCCACCAAAACGCAAUUCCCUAACUCUGGACCAAGGACCAUACAGCGCGCCACAAUCCAAAAUCCACUCCCCAAACCCAAAUUAUACGUCCUCACGCACCUCCCCUCAUCCCCUGCAAACCUCACAAUUCCCUCCUCCUCCCAGUCCACCGAGACAGUAUCAGCCCACUGCGUCUCCGCCCAGACAUCUGAGGAGCUUCACGACGCUUGAAGAACCGGAUGGGCUGGGUGUUGGUAUGGUAAGAGGUGGUGGUGGUAGUGGAAGCGGAAGUGGGGGCAUGAUGGUUGGGGAUGGAAAAGUGAUUGGGUUUGGGGAUUUUCCGGAGAAGGUUGAUAUUGUGGGCGCGAGAGAACGGGUGGAGAGGACUUGGGUUGAACGGGGGGAAAGUGGUUUGAGGGAGGGGAGCUCGAGUGUAAAGGGUGUGGGACUUGGGCUAGACUUCAGAGCUGGGGAGAGGAGAUGAGUGGUGUUUACUAUGGCGUUUUGCAGGAGCUGGGAGGAGUAGGUCGUCGCUUUAAGUGAGAGAGAGACUUAACUUCGCGGAGAAGUAGACCCAGGCAGGAGUUUUUGAUACCCCAUUAACCGUUCGAACACAGGAGAGAGAGAGAGAGAGAGACUGAAGAUUUGCUUCGCUUUUUGUAUUAUAAACAACCGUAGGGUAGAGGGAGGGGGUUUUGGGACCGCAUUUUUUUGCAUCUUGCAUUUGCAUAGCAUUUUCUUUGAGGGGGGUUGGGGGUUUGUCUGGGUUGCAUGUUGCAUUUGUUUUUUGUUUUGUUGUGCUGGACUGGGAAUGGGAAAAUGCAUAGGUACAUAUCAUAUACAUGGAUAAUUGGCUGGGGGCGAUUCGGGGGUAUACCAUUUGUAUUAGUAAUACUGGAUUUCUUUUGUUGUUGAUAG